AUGGAACGCGUCGGCGAAUACGAAAUCGUGUCGGUCGUUGGUAGCGGCUCUUUCGGCAAGGCAGUAUUGGUGAGAGACAAGGCCGGAAGAAAGCUUAUCAUGAAGCUCAUCAAUACCCGACAAAUGAACAAAGAAGAUAUCGAAGAGGCUAAAAGAGAAAUUCAGGUCUUGUCUAAACUGGUGGAUGCUCCUUUCAUUGUUCAUUAUAGAAACGCAUUCAACGACACUUACCACGGAUACCCCCACUUAUGCAUCGUCAUGGACUUCUGCGAGGGGGGGGAUAUGGCCAAGCUGAUUCGAGAGAGGAAACGCCAGCGCAAAUACUUUAGUGAAGUGACUCUUCGGACCUGGCUGCUGCAGCUGUCUAUUGCUCUUGACUACAUGCACAAACACAAAAUACUGCACAGAGACCUGAAGCCUGCCAAUGUAUUUCUAGACGAAAGUAACUACAUUCGAGUCGGUGAUUUGGGCUUGUCGAAAAUAUUGGAGUUUACGUUGCAACAGGCAAAGACGCAGUGCGGGACUCCAGCAUUUAUGGCCCCUGAACUCUGCAAGGGGAAGCCUUAUUCCUCUGCAGCAGAUAUUUGGGCGUUGGGGUGCAUAAUGAUAGAAGCGGCAACUUUCGAACUACCUUUCAGGGGCCUGAGUUUUCCUGAACUCAACAGAAACAUCUGCAACGCUCCGGCGCCCAAAAUCCCUGAUCGCUACUCUGUUGAGCUCCGGACAAUCUGCGACAAAAUGCUGAACAAGGACCCGGCAAUGAGACCCAGUGCAAGAGAUAUCCUGGAAAGCCCCUGCCUCAAGAACGACUACUUGGCAUACAAGCAGAAGAACCCUGGAGCUUGA